GCAGCGGCGGCGCCAGGCUGGCUUGGUAGCGGAAGGGUCGCGCGGCCCGCACAACAAACGCAGACCCGGCCGCAACAAGGCGCGACGCGAGGAAGGCCGAGGCGGGCCGCGCGGGAGACCGCGGGCGCCGAGUGACAGGCCGGCGUGAGGGAGUGCGCAGGUUACGGCCGCCGGCGGCCCCGACCCGCCGGUCCCCUCGGCCGUCGCCGGCAUGAGCCACAUCCAGAUCCCGCCGGGGCUCACGGAGCUGCUGCAGGGCUACACUGUGGAGGUGCUGCGGCAGCAGCCGCCCGACCUCGUCGACUUCGCGGUGGAGUACUUCACACGCCUGCGCGAGGCCCGCGCCCAGGAUUCAGACACGCUCAUCGCCACCCCGACGACCUUUCACACGCAAGAGUCCAGCGCGGUCGCCGUCGAGGAGGACGAGGAGAGUGACUCCGACUCGGACGAACUGGACCUGGCAGCAGUUCCGGCUCCUGGCAGGUUUACUAGACGAGUAUCAGUCUGUGCAGAAGCCUAUAACCCUGAUGAAGAGGAGGAAGACAAUGACCCAAGGGUGAUUCAUCCCAAAACUGAUGAGCAGAGAUGCAGGCUUCAGGAAGCUUGCAAAGAUAUUCUUCUUUUCAAAAACCUUGAUCAGGAGCAGCUUUCUGAAGUUCUCGAUGCCAUGUUUGAAAAGAUAGUCAAACCUGACGAGCAUGUCAUCGAUCAAGGAGAUGAUGGAGACAACUUUUAUGUCAUAGAACGGGGAACCUAUGACAUUUUAGUAACAAAAGAUAAUCAAACACGUUCUGUUGGUCAGUAUGACAACCGUGGCAGUUUUGGAGAACUAGCUCUGAUGUACAAUACCCCGAGAGCUGCUACCAUUGUCGCCACCUCAGAAGGCUCCCUUUGGGGAUUGGAUCGGGUGACUUUUAGAAGAAUCAUAGUGAAAAACAAUGCAAAAAAGAGGAAGAUGUUUGAAUCAUUUAUUGAGUCUGUGCCACUCUUUAAAUCACUAGAGAUGUCAGAACGAAUGAAGAUUGUGGAUGUGAUCGGAGAAAAGAUCUAUAAGGAUGGAGAACGAAUAAUCACUCAGGGUGAAAAGGCUGACAGCUUUUAUAUUAUAGAGUCCGGGGAAGUGAGCAUCUUGAUUAAAAGCAAGACUAAAACGAACAAGAAUGGUGGGAACCAGGAGGUUGAGAUUGCCCACUGCCAUAAGGGGCAGUACUUUGGAGAGCUUGCACUGGUCACCAACAAACCCAGAGCUGCUUCUGCCUAUGCGGUUGGAGAUGUCAAAUGCUUAGUUAUGGAUGUUCAAGCAUUUGAGAGGCUUCUGGGACCGUGCAUGGACAUCAUGAAGAGGAACAUCUCACACUACGAAGAGCAGCUGGUGAAGAUGUUUGGCUCCAACUUAGAUCUGCUGGACCCUGGGCAGUAGAUGUGAUGGAUCUCAGAGCCUUCUCAGUGUGACACCAACACCUUCCAGUCAGCCACAGAACACACACAGAAAACAGACACAACAGAAGCGUUCCUGCUGUUGUCCCCGCCGUUGCCAUUGCUGUGGUUAAGGGCAUUUAGAAAUCUUGAAAGUCAGCACUGAAAGAUGGACAGAGGCUCCGCCCACACCUCCACUUUGCUUCUGAAAGCCCAUCAGUAGACCACUUAUGUAACAGUUACUCAACCCAGUUUUCACAUCUUUGGUUUAGAAUGGCAUGUCUCUCCAGCAAUUGAAGUGCCUGAUACAAAGUCCAAA